AGUUACUAAUCUACCUCUGCCAUAUUUCUUCUGUUAACGAUGCAAAUCCAGGCGUUACCCAUAACAGAGUCUCCUAUUUGAAGACGCCACGUGCUUGAAUUGAAGCAAAGCACGCACAUUGUCGUGUUCAGGCCUGACUCCGUUGAGUUUGAUGCGUACCCUCUUUCUUGGCCUAUGAAUACUUGCUUUCUCCGUCCAGCUGCUCACACUGAAAGCACAGCUCCUUUACUCCCCCGAAGUAUGCUGCGAUUGACCUGACAUAUUGCUUCCUCCUCUUCCUAGCCGCUUCUCUAACUAAUAGCGACAGCUUCGUUAUCAAUCGCCUGAUUGAACAAGAUUGCCAGCGCAUUCCAUCCCUGACUCGGCGAUUUCGCGUCCUUGAUAUGACCGAUCAUCUCCUUCGUCACGGUCAUCUUUAGGACGUAUAAGAAUACGACAACAACGAAAUGCAAAUCCAGGCGUUACCCAACGACAACAACAAUGGCAUCGUCAUACCAACCAAAUCCACCACCCGCCGCCGCAAGAGAAACGAAUACGACGAUGCUACACACCUGACGGCGCGUAAAAAAAAGGAGAUGAGAAUUCAUUUAUCGCUUACAAGACCUUCUUACGUUCUUGGACUCUCUCCCAAGCCUCUUAGAUCGGAACAUCGUCGGAGGUUGCGAUAUUUGCUUCGUAGGUUUGUUAAUCAGCAUGAUUGGGUUGGUGCUAGUGGUGUUCUUAGUGUCUACUUGAAAGGAACUGUUAAUGAUACUUCUCCUUUGAAGAAUCGUUUCAAGUUUUGGGUUUUACUGGAGCUUGUUAAGCAUGUGGAAAACCAUUCUAUCAGUUCAAUUAAUUCAACAAGGAUCAGAAAUCUCUAUGACAUUUGGUCAAAGAAAAUUGGACCAAUGAAGACUUGGCCUGUAGAGAGCAGAUAUGCGGUUCAUUUGGAGUUCAUGUUAUUCUAUCUUAUGCAAGGCAAUGCUGGGGAUGCAUAUCAGCUUGCUCUAUGCCUUGAACAAGAGAAAAUUGAUAUUGAUCCUGUUUCCAAGAUAAUGAUGGGUUUGACAUUCUAUGAGCUUUGGUAUUCUUCUAUUCCCGAAGAAUUUCAGUGGAGAGAUUUAGAUCAAAUUGACUGUCAAGGGAACUCACAUAUGGAGGGAACCUCAUUCAGCAAUGAGGUUGGACAGUCAGAAUGUCAAAAUUCUCACAUGGCACAGUCAGAACGUCAAAUUACAGUUGAGUCUCACAUGGCAUACACUCAAUAUCAAUGUGACUCAGAUGCAUCUGUCAUGAAUGAAAGGAAAAUUUCUAAGGGUAUCGUCGUUAGUAAAGAUAUGAGAGUUUCCAUGGAAGUUGAUACUAGCCAUAAAAGAGGAAAAUCACAUCAGAUCUUUCAGUCGGAAGGCUUUUACUUGAUUUCUGAUGAACAUAAAGAAACAGAUAAUCCGUUUUCUAACAGUGAAGAUCUUACACAAGAUACCUUGUAUGCUCUUGGGAAACUUGAUUUGUGGUUGUUGCCAUUGUGUUUUUCGGGUGAGAACAAUUUGGAGGAGUUCAUGGACAUGCACAGAAAUCAGCACAGUGACUACUAUAAAAAUGCAGUGAAGUAUUUACAACUAGCUCUCAACUCAACAUCCUUUGCAUCUGUAGCAUUACUUCCAUUGACACAGCUGCUGCUGAUCGGAGGUCAAGUUAACGAGGUUCUGACCAUGCUUGAGCAACAAUGCUAUAAUUCACACUCUGUACUCCCAAUUAGAUUACGGGCUGUUCUCUUGGAGCAUUUUGAUCGAAACAACUCUCUCUUGAUUUGUAGCUGUUUUGAGGAGAUAUUAAAGAAGGAUCCAACAUGUCGUGAUUCUUUAGCAAAACUCAUAAUGAUGCACCAAACAGGUGACUAUAAUCUUGAAUCUCUUGUGGAAAUGAUUGCUUUACAUUUGGAUGCUACAGAUGCUGAGUACAAUACAUGGAGGGUCUUCUGUUUAUGUUUUUCUAAAUUGUCUCUCCUUGAAGAAGACUGCAUGUCUGCAUGCUCCAUUCGAAAUGAGGAUAGGCAGGAGCAACUUCGCUCCUUACGCAAAACCCCAAAAAUAUUUACAGAGGGCAUAUCAGGAAAAUCUUGGAAUAUUCGGUGUCGGUGGUGGCUAACAAGAUAUUUCAGCAAUAGCAAGUUUGAAUCAAGUAUUGGAACUGGUGAUUUACAGUUACUCACGUACAAAGCAGCAUGUGCAUCCUACAUGUAUGGACAAGAGUUCAGCUAUGUUAAGAAGGCCUAUUCUCGUUUAGAAAAAGAAAAUGAUACGGAUUUAUUGCUAUUCUUGAAUGAGCAAAAGAGAAAUUCAUAUAGAAUUUAUGAAAAAUUUCAAACAAAACUAUAUGGAUAAAUGAUAAGAUAUAUUUAUUGCAUUGUGAGUAAUGGUUAUUUGAUGCAUUUGUCGCUGCUU